GAACAAGAUGGGAGUCAUGGCUAUGCUGCUGCUGCCCCUGCUGCUGCUGGGAAUCAGUGGCCUCCUCUUCAUCUAUCAAGAGGUGUCCAGGCUGUGGUCAAAGUCAGCUGUGCAGAACAAAGUGGUGGUGAUCACCGAUGCCAUCUCAGGACUGGGCAAGGAGUGUGCUCGGGUGUUCCACACGGGUGGGGCAAGGCUGGUGCUAUGUGGAAAGAACUGGGAGGGGCUGGAGAACCUAUAUGACGCCUUGAUCAGCGUGGCUGACCCCGGCAAGCAGACAUUCACCCCAAAGCUGGUCCUAUUGGACCUCUCAGACAUCAGCUGCGUCCCAGAUGUGGCAAAAGAAGUCCUGGAUUGCUAUGGCUGUGUGGACAUCCUCAUCAACAAUGCCAGCAUGAAGGUGAAGGGGCCUGCCCAUAAGAUUUCUCUGGAGCUCGACAAAAAGAUCAUGGAUGCCAAUUACUUUGGCCCCAUCACAUUGACAAAAGCCCUGCUUCCCAACAUGAUCUCCCGGAGAACAGGCCAAAUCGUGUUAGUGAAUAACAUCCAAGGGAAGUUUGGAAUCCCGUUCCGUACAGCUUACGCUGCCUCCAAGCACGCAGCCCUGGGCUUCUUUGACUGCCUCCGAGCCGAAGUGGAGGAAUACGACGUUGUCAUCAGCACCGUGAGCCCGACUUUCGUCCGGUCGUACCACGUGUAUCCAGAGCAAGGAAACUGGGAAGCCUCCAUUUGGAAAUUCUUUUUCAGGAAGCUGACCUAUGGCGUGCACCCCGUGGAGGUGGCGGAGGAGGUGAUGCGCACCGUGCGGAGGAAGAAGCAAGAGGUGUUCAUGGCCAACCCCAUUCCCAAGGCUGCCGUGUACGUCCGCACCUUCUUCCCGGAGUUCUUUUUCGCCGUAGUGGCCUGUGGGGUGAAGGAGAAGCUCAAUGUCCCGGAGGAGGGGUAACUGCAGCAGGCCAAAUGGGCCACCCCUUGGAAAUAAAGGUUUUUCUGGCA